AUGUCUUCUUCAGCUGCAAGUUCUUUUCAUCAGCAGUCACGAGUGCGCCUCAUCAAUACGAGUUCCCCUGGUCUCUCAAACAACAACGGCACCCGUCUACAGCCUGUUCGAGCCACGGUUCCUUACCAGCUCUUGCGGGGUAGUCAACAGAGCCCGUCGGUCUGUUCGUCUCUCUGUAUUGGUUCGGGAAACGGUGCCUCAACGCUAACAGUCAACCAAAGCCAAAGUCCCCCCUGCCCCGACAAAGUCGAGAAUGGAUUUGUGGAACCUAAAUCAGCCGCGGUGCUGAGCCUCUCACCGGACACACAGAAUUUGCUUGAAUGGCAUCCCGGCUCAGGCUUCUGCACAGUGGAGUGGUCAAAGCUGCAGGCAGCGCGUGCCUCCACUGCCAUCCGCCGGACGUCCUCCCUGGACACCGUGACCGGCCAGUAUCUGAGCGGCCAGUGGCCUCGAGAGCAUCAUUUGCCUCAUUUUACCUGCAUGAGAGAUAAAUCCACACAGACCCCUGGUGUUUGGAAUGAAGAUGUAGAGUUGAACACACACAAGCGGUCUGCUUCCUGGGGCAGUGCUGACCAUCUUAGAGAGCAGAUUGCCAGGCUCCGUCAACAGCUGCAUCGGGGCAAACAGGGAAGUCGCCAGAGCAAAGACAAAGAGCUAGGACCACAUUCCAUCUUAAGCCAAAUCCAGUCCAAAAUGCUUCCAGCAGCUCCAUCCAAUGUAACACAGUCUAAAGCCCUCAUAUGCAGAGUGCCCAGCUAUAUCGAGGGUAUUAACCAUGAGCUGGAGAAUGUCUUCCUCGAUGAUGACUUGGAGAAAAAAGAAAUGAAGUCACGACCUAAAGCCGAAUCCUCAUCCCCUCAGGCAAUGGAUGUUCUGGAUGGGCGGCACCCUCCUUUACCCUCACAUUACCAUGGUAACAUCCAUACACGCAGCACAAAUAGCCAGGUGUCUUCCAGUGGUGGAUCCAGUCCGUGGUGGUGCCCCUCUCCCACUAGCCAGUCAGACUCCCAGAGUAGCAGACCCUGCUCAGCUGAGGACUACGAUAGAGAUAGUGGGAGCAGCUCACCGCUCCCAACGUUUUCUACCUCUCCUAAGCCCAACAACAGCUUCAUGUUUAAACGGGAGCCCCCUGAGGGCUGUGAGAGGGUAAAGGUGUUUGAAGAAACUGUAUCGAAUGGCUUCCCUCUUUUUUCCUGCCCUGACAGAAACAAGGUGAACUUCACUCCGACGGGAUCGGCGUUCUGUCCAGUUAAACUCCUGUGCUCGUCCCUUUACACCUCUUACUCUGUGCCUAACCCAACAGCAAUUCAAAACUCACGCAGCCCCACGAUUGUCCGGCAUAGUUCCCCUCCUCCUCCCCCCACAGAGUUUCGCGAACAGGAUGAUUCCCUGCCCCACCCUGUAACCUGUGACCCGUGUACCACACAGCAGUGCCUUCUGUUCAGCUAG